CCCUCCUGAUUGGUCCCCGCGCCGAGCUGCUCACGGGUUCAUUGAAGUGUUAAGCACCUCCCCGUCUCUCUAAAGGACAUUAUAAUGCAAGAGACCCCCUUUUUAACCACACACCGAAUUUUCUUUCAUUUAGGCGAUCUAUAUAUAUCUAUAUCUUAUAUCUUAUAUCUAUUUUAAAUAACUUAAGGCCGCUAAAAUUUGGGGGGGAACAGCCUUCGCCCUGGAGCGGUGCGCGAUGCUGUCUCACGCCGACCUCCUGGACGCCCGUCUCGGGAUGAAAGAUGCGGCCGAGCUGCUGGGACACCGGGAGGCGGUGAAGUGCCGGCUGGGAGUAGGGGGCUCGGAUCCGGGGGGACACCCGGGAGACAUGGCCCCCAACUCGGACACGGUGGAAGGGACCACCCUGCUGCCGGGGGAGGACAUCACUACGGUGGGAUCCAAUCCCAGCUCCUUGGCCGUCAGCGCCAAAGACGCCGACAAGCAGCAAGGCCAGCAGGGCGGCCAGAACCCCAGCCAGGCGGGACAGCAGCAGGGCCAGCAGAAGCAGAAGCGACACCGCACCCGCUUCACGCGGGCUCAGCUGGACGUGCUGGAGGCCCUGUUCGCCAAGACCCGCUACCCCGACAUCUUCAUGCGGGAGGAGGUGGCCUUGAAGAUCGACCUGACCGAGUCCCGAGUGCAGGUGUGGUUCCAGAACCGUCGGGCCAAGUGGAAGAAGCGCAAGAAGACGACCAACGUGUUCCGCGCCCCGGGCACGCUGCUGCCGACACCGGGGCUGCCGCAGUUCCCUUCGGCCGCCGCCGCCGCCGCCGCCGCCAUGGGCGACAGCCUCUGCUCCUUCCACGCCAACGACACGCGCUGGGCCGCCGCCGCCAUGCCCGGGGUGUCGCAGCUGCCGCUGCCGCCGGCGCUGGGCAGGCAGCAGGCCAUGGCGCAGUCCCUGUCCCAGUGCAGCCUGGCGGCCGGGCCGCCGCCCAACUCCAUGGGGCUUUCCAACAGCCUGGCGGGCUCCAACGGCGCCGGGCUGCAGUCGCACCUCUAUCAGCCCGCUUUCCCCGGCAUGGUGCCCGCCUCGCUGCCCGGCCCCAGCAACGUGACGGGCUCGCCGCAGCUCUGCAGCUCCCCGGACAGCAGCGACGUGUGGCGGGGAACCAGCAUCGCCUCCCUCCGCCGCAAAGCACUAGAGCACACAGUCUCCAUGAGCUUCACCUAAUGGCCGCCGCCCCGAGCCGCCGCCCCCCGCGGCCGCGCCCCGC